AUGGCCAGUUCAGCGUUCUAUGCGUUCGUAGGUGUGCUUUCCGUCCUGUACUUCGUACAACGGGUGUCUAGGUCUUCCAGGGCUCUACACGCCAUCCCCACGGUUGGACCCUCCGCGCCUCUGCUCUCGUACAUCGGAGCAUAUAAGUAUGUCCGUCAUGCGAAGACGAUGCUUCAAGAGGGAUAUGAUAAGUACAAAGGAUCGGUGUUUAAGAUUCCGAUGCUGGAUCAAUGGCUGGUGGUAGUCAGCGGCCCGAAGCUCGUCGAGGAACUGCGCAUGCUUCCUGACGACCAGGCGUCAUUCGUCCACUCGAUAGAGGAGACGACGCAAACCAGGUACACAAUGGGACCAUCCAUCACUGAUGACCCGUAUCAUGUGCCAAUCAUCCGCGACCAGCUCACGCGUGGUAUACGGACUUUCCUACCUGACGUGACUGACGAGAUCGACAAGGCCUUCCAGGAUCUUAUUCCCGCAACGGAAGAUGGGUGGAUUGAUGUUCCCGUAUUGUCUGUAAUGCGCCAAAUUGUUGCACGUGCAAGCAACCGUGUUUUCGUCGGCCUGCCAAAGUGUCGGGACCAAGACUUUCUCGACUUAGCCAUCGGUUUUACCCUCGACAUCACUGAGACACGUGUCUAUAUCAACCUCUUCCCGAAAAUUCUGAAGCCGAUUGCUGGACGUAUUUUCUCUCGCGUGAGGCGGGCGAUACGGCGUGCAAGUUCACAUCUGAAGCCCAUUAUGGAAGAACGGAAGAGGAAGUUGGCUGAAUUUGGGGAUGAUUGGGCAAACAAGCCUAGCGACAUGUUGAUGUGGCUUAUGGAUGGAGCCAAGGAAAAGGAAAAUUGGGAACAUUCUGUGCUGGAGAGGUUUUUGGUUCUAUGUUUCGCCGCAAUUCAUACCUCCUCCAAUAGCAUGACCCAUGCACUAUACCAUAUCGCGGCGAAUCCGGGGUAUAUACAGCCUCUGCGGGAAGAAGUCGAGAGCAUUGUCAAGGAGGAGGGUUGGAACAAGGCCUCCGUGAGCAAGAUGCUCAAACUUGACAGCUUUAUGAGAGAGUCGCAACGGUUCAACGGCAUUGUCGGCAUUUCGCGUAAAGCGAUGAAGGAUAUUACACUGUCCAAUGGCACCAUGAUACCAAAGGGAACCCUCAUCGUUGCUGCAGCUGCACCGAUGCACCUCGACAAGGAGAAUUACCUUAAUGCAGACGUUUUUGAUCCGUUCCGGUUCUCCAACUUGCGUGCCGGUGAAGGCGAGGGCACGAAGUAUCAGUUCGUCAGCACUUCUCCGGAAUACAUUCCCUUCGGCCAUGGGAAACAUGCUUGCCCUGGACGGUUCUUCGCGGCAAGCGAGCUCAAGGUGAUGUUGGCGUAUGUUGUGCUCAACUAUGAUAUCAAAUUCGAAGGCGGGGGUAAGCGUCCGGAGAACUUGUGGAUAAACGCGUCCAUCGUCCCUGCACCCGGGGUGAAAGUGAUGUUCAGGAAGCGCCGAUCUGCCGAUUCGAAGGUGUAA